AUGCGACCUCUCUUGUCCACAGUGCUUGCUCUGGGUGCGAGUGCUGUCCUUGCCGUCCCGGUCAUCGACGAAGCCUCAGAGCCCUAUGAGCUUCGCGCCCGCAACAUUGUCACCGAGAUUCAGGACGAAUAUGACUUUGUAGUCGUGGGUGGUGGCCUCGCUGGUCUUGUGCUGGGUGGACGACUCUCAGAGGAUUCGAAUCACACCGUGCUCGUCCUGGAAGCAGGCAGUAACGGAGAUGAAUACAGAGAGCGGAUAGAUACCCCAGCAGAUGCCUACUACAAGUCCUUAUGGCCAACACCCCUCAACUGGGCAUACAACACCACUCCUCAGGUUGGCAUGAACAACUCGCAGAUGACCUGGCCCCGCGGCAAGACGCUUGGAGGCAGCUCAGCCAUCAAUGGAUUGUACAUGAACCGGCCGAGCGAGAUCGAGCUGGACGCUUGGAAAGACAUGCUCGGUGACAUGGAUGGCGCCGACAACUGGUCCUGGGAUUCCCUCUUCGCCGCGAUGAAGAAGAGUGAGACCUUCUCUCCUCCCUCCCAGGACAUCGCUCAGGAAGCCGCCAUCACCUAUGAUACCUCAAGCCACGGCAGCCACGGACCAGUCUACAUGUCGUACCCUGGCUACACGUUCCCUAUUGUGGGCGAAUGGUCUAAUGCCGUGUCGAAUGCCGGCAUCCCUAUCUCCCACGAUACCUACGGCGGCAAGACCUGGGGAGCCUACGUUUCGACAUCUUGCAUCAACCCCACCAACUGGACGCGUUCUUACAGCCGUACUGGCUAUCUCGACCCUCUGCCACCACGUGCCAACUACGAUGUUCUCACCGAUGCUCAUGUAACGCGCAUUCUCUUCAAUUCUUCUUCAAAAGCCGGCAACCUCAGCGCGAACGCGGUCGAAUACUCCCCAGAUGGCGGGGCGAGCAAAUUGACGGUCAAAGUCAAGAAGGAGGUAAUCCUUGCUGGUGGGUCAGUUGGCAGCCCUGCCGUUCUGCUGUACAGCGGUGUCGGUCCCAAGGAUGUCCUUGACGCAGCUGGCGUCGACGUCGUUUCGGAACUGCCUGGCGUUGGUCACCACUUGCAAGAUCACUUGAGCUCCACGGUGCAAUGGAGCACAGAUCAAGCCACGGCCGGUUCUAUAUAUGCCGCCAAUGGAUCCGAGAGUACCGAUGCUGCAUUCCUCUCCUAUAUCAAUUCUGCAGUGGCAUACAUCAACGCCACCUAUAUCUUCGGUGCUGGUGCCGAGGAUUUCAAGAACACGAUUCUCAGCCAACUUGAUUCAUACGCCACUACUGCCGGCACUGACGAGACCGUCAUAGCUGGAUACAAGGCGAUUUCUGAGGUCACCGUUAACAAGAUCUUUGAUAGUCCAGUUGGACAAAUCGAAUUGCUCAUCGGCAACAACCUCAAUGGGACCAUCAACAUCGGAGCCGCCCUUCAACAUCCUUUGAGCCAUGGCCAGGUCUCAAUCAAUUCAUCAAACCCGAUGGAUUACCCUGUCAUCAAUCCCAACUACCUGACACACCCUGCUGACGUACAAAUUCUCCGAGAAGGCAUGAAGACCGCUCGGCGUUUGGGUGGAACUCAACCUGUAGCGGGAAAUCUGAUCGAGGAGGUAUGGCCAGGCUCCGAUGUCGAAUCUGAUAGCGAUUGGGAAAACUUCCUCCGCCAAACAGGCUACACAGAGUACCACCCAUCCUCGACCUGUGCCAUGCUGCCAUUGGAACAAGGUGGCGUGGUUGAUGCAAACCUCCGCGUCUACGGUCUAUCCAACGUCCGUGUUGCCGAUGCCAGUGUCCCGCCCAUCGCCUUUGCUGCCCAUCUCAUGGUUUCGACAUACGGCAUUGCCGAGCAGGCAAGCACCCUUAUCCGGAAGCAUUAUAAUGUCGACUCGAUUCCUAAAAACACCACAAGCUCGAUACAACCAACCAAGACCGGGUCACCCGUAAAGUCACCUGCCGCAAUUACCAGCAGCCUCAGCAGCAGCGCAGCCAGCGCAUCAAGCACCAACGGUAGUGAUGGUAGCUUCUCCAUCCAGCCUUGGACACUUCUCUUCACAAUCUCAGCCUCGCUGAUUUUUGGAUAUUUCUUGUAA